AUGGCGAAUGGAGAAGAAACUUCAACUGGAACAAGCACAGCAACGAACAUAGAUCAUCAUCAUCCAUUGUAUUUACAGCCAUGUGAUACUCCAGGUAGUUCCUUGAUCUCUAUUCAACUAACUGGAUCUGAAAACUAUGCAUUGUGGAGUAGAUCUAUGAAAAUAGCUCAAAUUGGUAAGAGUAAGCUAGGAUUUGUUGAUGGACGAUGUACUAAGGAUAAGUUUGAUCGAUCCUUGCAUGAGCUUUGGGAGAAGUGUAAUGCAAUAGUUCUGUCAUGGAUUAUGAAUGCUGUGAGCACAGAAUUACUUAGUGGAAUUGUCUACAAAUCUAAUGCACACAAAGUCUGGACUGAUAUGAAGGAUAAGUAUGAUAAGGUAGAUGGAUCUCGCAUCUUCUUCCUGCACAAGGAAAUUGCAACUUUAUCGCAGGGAAUUUCCUUAGUUUCUGCAUAUUUCUCCAAAUUAACAGACCUCUGGGAGGAAUAUGAUGCCUUGAUGCCCUGCCCUGGGUGUGACUGCCCAGAAUCUAAAAGCUAUUUUGAACAUUUUGAGUAUCAAAGGCUGCUGCAGUUUCUUAUGGGGCUAAAUGAAACAUACAGCCAACCUAGGAGUCAGAUAUUGAUGAUGAGCCCUGUUCCUACAGUUAACAAAGCAUAUUCCAUGAUAGUUUCUGAAGAAAGCCAAAGAGCUUUGGGAAAGUUCUCUCAAUCUAUAGACAUUGGAAAUGGAACAACACUAUUCACCAACAAAGGCAUGAAUUCAGCGAACAAUUAUAAGCCCAGAAGAGGAAAUCUAUUCUGUGGUUACUGCAACUAUAAAGAACACACAAGAGACACUUGCUUCAAGCUGCAUGGUUAUCCAGCUGAUUUCAAAAUGAGGAAGAAGACAACAGGUUUUCCUCAAAGACCUAUGGCCAAUGCAACCAUACAUGAGGAACAACAAUCAAUGACAAAGCAGGUGACCAAUACAACUACACAGGAGGCACAACAAGUGAUCAACACAUCUGCUGCAAAUGUAGCACAAAGAGGAAGUCCAAUCAUGUUUACUCAAGAGCAAUAUGACCAAAUAUUGAAGCUGAUCAGUACAGGGACAGGUGAAAAUGAAAGCUUUGCUGGUACAUCUAAGACCUUUGUUGCAAAUGAAAAGGUUAAAGAUGAGAAUCGGAUAGUAGACUCUGGUGCAACCAACCACAUGGUUCACACUAGAGAGCUACUUGACAAGAUAAACACAGAUAUCCUAGGCAAUGUGCCAAAGGUAUAUUUACCUGAUGGAUCUUCACUUGAUGUUGAAUGUACUCGAGAGAGUAGAAUUGGUGAAAAUAGUAUUGUUAAGAAUGUUUUGUAUGUUCUAAAUUUUAAAUAUAAUCUCUUGUCUGUGUCCAAGCACACAAGGGAUUUAAGAUGUUUUAUAUCCUUUUAUCCUGACUUCUGGAUAAUGCAAGACCUUCACAGUGGGAAGGUGAAGGGGAUUGGUAAGGAACUAGAAGGUUUGAACAACUUGCAGCAUCAAAAACUUGAAGCCAAGGCUGCAAAUGUACAUCUUCAGAAAUCUACUGUGCACGAGGUGGACUUAAAGGUGUGGCAUGGAAGACUUGGACAUUCUCUAGAUAGAGUAGUGAAACAAAUUCCAAACAUGAAGUUCAAAGCUAGUAGUGAUGGAACAAAGGAAUGCACAAUCUGUCCUUUGGCUAGACAAGGCAGAUUGUCAUUCCCUAAGAGUACAAUUAUAAGAAGUGACAAUGGAUCUGAGUUUUUCAAUUCUGAAUGCCACAUUUUGUUUCAAUCUUAUGGAAUGAUUCAUCAGAGUUCAUGUGUUCACACCCCACAACAAAAUGGGGUAGUGGAGAGGAAACAAAGACACAUACUGGAAGUGGCCAGGGCCAUUAGAUUGCAAGGUUAUUUGCCUUUCAAAUUUUGGGGGGAAUGUGUGCAGGCAACCAUCUAUGUCAUAAACAGGUUGCCUCUAUCAGUGUUGUCAGGAAAAUCAUCUUUUGAGAUGUUGUAUGGAAGAGUGCCAUCUUUACAGCACCUGAGAACCAUAGGGUGUCUAUGCUUUGCUAAGGUUGUGGGAGAAAAGGAUAAGUUUGCAGCUAGAUCAGUUGGAGCUGUGGAUGUCAAGUUUAUGGAGCAUAUCUUUCCGUUUCAACUACUUAAGGAAGGAAAGUUGCAGCUUUUCCCUAAUGGUGUGCUGCACUAUCCAGUCACUACUGAUGCUAUUCCUGUGCAGAUCAACACACAUGAUGAUGAUGCAUCCCUUUCAGCAAUGCCACCUGUUGCAGACAACCACACUGCUGAUACACAACCUUCAUUACCACUUCCUUUAUUCUCUGAAGACACUCCAGCUCAGCAAUCACCUCCUUCAGAAUAG